UCAUGGAGGCCGAAUUUUGUAGCAGAAGCAAUUUUCCGACGGACUGAAAAACGAAAAAGAUUCCAGAUGGAACACAUUACCACCCCCAAGAUAGAGAAUGUGCGAUUGCUUGAUCGGUUUAAUACCCGCAAGCCAGCAGUGGGGAACCUGUACUUAACUGCUACCCAUCUCAUCUUCGUGGAUCCAACUGGCAAACGAGAAACAUGGAUCCAGCACAUGCACAUUUCAUCUGUGGAGAAGUUACCAUUGACAACAUCGGGGUCCCCCUUGCAAAUCCGGUGCAAGACAUUCCAGACGGCCAUUUUUGUCAUCCCAAGGGACAAGAGUUGCCAGGAACUCUACAAAUCACUGCAAAAACUGUCCAAACCAGCAACACUAGAUGAAGUGUACGCAUUUCACUAUAAAUCAGCCAGCUUUCAGUCAGGUUUGUCAGCCGGAUGGGAUCCGUUUGAUCUGUCUGCUGAGUAUGCACGCAUGGGAGUCCCUAAUACCUACUGGUGCACUACAUCCAUCAACAAGAACUAUGAGAUUUGUGACACAUACCCGAAGAUUAUGCAUGUUCCAGUUACAGCAAGCACACCGGUGUUGGUUGGCAGUGCACGGUUCCGCAGUAGAGGCAGGUUACCAGUGCUUUCCUACCUUCACAAAGAUAACAAGGCAUCUAUGUCCCGGUGUAGCCAGCCUUUGGCAGGGUUCAGUGCACGCUGCCUUGAGGAUGAACAGAUGCUCCAGGCUAUCCUCAACACCAACCCCAGAAGCACUUUCAUGUAUAUUGUAGACACACGGCCAAAGAUAAAUGCCAUGGUGAACAAAGCCUCAGGAAAAGGUUAUGAAAACACGGAUUUCUAUGCCAACAUCAAGUUUAAGUUUCUGGGUAUUGAAAAUAUCCACGUGAUGAGGAACAGUUUACAAAAACUGAUUGAAGUGUGUGAGUUAAAGAAUCCCUCCAUGGAAGCCUUCCUGAGUGGUUUGGAAAACAGUGGCUGGUUAAGACAUAUUAAAGCCAUUAUGGAUACAUCAAUUUUCAUCUCUAAGGCUGUGUCUGAAGAAGGAAUUAGCGUGUUGGUACAUUGCUCUGAUGGUUGGGAUCGGACGGCACAAACAUGUUCUCUCGCUAGUUUAGUACUUGAUUCAUACUACAGAACUAUACAGGGCUUUCAGGUGUUAAUUGAGAAGGAGUGGCUGGCUUUUGGGCACAAGUUUCUGGACAGGUGUGGCUUGGUUGCGUAUGAAUCUCGUGAGUUCUCCCCAGUCUUCACCCAGUUCAUUGACUGUGUGUGGCAACUGACGCAGCAGUUCCCCUGUGCAUUCCAGUUCAAUGAAAGAUUCCUCUUGGAGCUCCAUGAUCAUGUCUUCUCGUGCCAAUUUGGCAAUUUCCUUGGCAACUGUGAGAAGAGUCGAGUUGAUAACAGGAUUACAGAUAGGACAUAUUCCCUAUGGGCUUACAUGCAGGGUAGGAUGGCAGAUUACUAUAAUCCUCUCUAUAAGUCCAAUUCCCCAACCACUGGAGGCAUCUUGAAGCCCAAUCUCUCUCCACAGAUGUUCAGGUUUUGGAGAGGUAUGUACAAUCGCUAUGACAAUGGAGUACAUCCAAGAGAGCCUAUUGCUGAUAUCCUUAAUGCCAUGAAGGACCACAGCUCAUCUCUGUCUGACCACGUCAAGUUCCUUGAAGAUAAAGUCAUAAAUUUAAAGGAGGUGCUUGGUAUCAAAGAUGAGGAUGAGAAUGACGCCUCCGACAUAAUGGAUGGCAAAGCUUCGUCAUUACCAGAAAUCAAUUCACUCGAGAGCAGUUCUGAUUCUCAAGAGUCUGAGAAGGAAAUCGACACCACAGACCAGCCCGAUAACAAAACUCUUGAAAAUAAUCAAAGUGCAAUGAAAGAUCACCGGCAAGAAGGCAGAGACCUCAACUCCUCGAGUAAGCCCUUGGUGAUAAGGAGGGAAGACAGUGGAGAAAUCAUGUCAGCGUCGCUUCUUGCUGAGGCAGUGGAGUCAGUCAGCCUCAACUGGAGGGGCUUCAGGAAUAUACGUCAAUGUGUGUGCUCAACUCCUUUUGAUCACUUCAGUCGGAAGUAUCAUUGCUGGAAGUGUGGUGAAGUAUUCUGUAUCAGAUGUAUUGACAAGCAAACGUUCCUGCCAGGCCAUUUCUAUGAGCGUCCCGUGGCUGUUUGCAGGCCGUGUUAUAGAGAGCUCAAGUUGGGAUCAUCGGACCCAGUACCACAAUCUCCAACCUCACAUGCAUCCUCUCCAUCUCCUGGCUCUAUGUUCGAACCCAGGUUGGAUAACCUAAUUAAUGAGAUUCACGAAUGAAGGAGGUUUCAAGCAAGCUCCAGUGGGAGACAUUUGAGUCAGACAUAAAGGCUGAGUCACACUGCAGCGAUAACAAGAGAACGCAUUCUAUUGGUUGAACUGUUCCACGCAGAAUUCGCACACGCUCAUUCGACCAAUAGGAUGCUUUCUCUUUGCGUCGUGCUUGUUAUCGUUUCCGUUAUAGCUGUAGUGUGACUUAGACUUUACAGUCCUUUUUUGUGGCUCUGAGCAUGCGCGCAAAUUCUCAGUAUUGCUCGCGUAGGUUUAAAGCUGGGCACUACUGGCGAGAACUGUUAAAAAGGACCGCCCAAAAGUCUCCCAUUUCACAGAUUUUGCUCAGAAGAAACUGAACUCAUGGUUUUGUUAAGCUAUUAAGCAGACUGACUGUAAGGUAGAUCCAACAUAUUUUCUUUUAAAGUUUAGCUGGCACGUGUAGCUUCUUCAUGCAGUAGAAUCUGCUAAACUCGAAUGUUUUGCUUGGCACUGUUUAACAGAAAACAGGCCAGAUGCAGAUGGAUAUACUUAGCUUUUCUUUGUAGUAUUUAAAAACAGACUGCCAGUUAAAGCAUGUGCAAGUGUAUAAGUGCUUGGUUUAGUAUCCUAACAAGUAACCUGCUGACAAUGCCCUUAUUUGGCAACUGCCAGUUAAUGCAUAUUGUCACCUGAGUAGAUAGAUAAUCGGUAAACCUGCUUCUUCAGUGCAAAGUCAUGAAAUCGGUCAAAUAGUAUCAAGUCGAUUGGUGUAGUAGUUACUUUAUGCAGAAUUUAAGGAAUUCUCACAUGAUAGAAAGGCAGGCAGACCAUAAGUUCAGACAACAAUUGCAGCAUUCAAUUGUAAUUGUGUGAAUGUCAGGCCCUGCUGACCAUCAUCAGUAACAAGAAAAAGACAAAUGAAUCAAUAAAUAAAAAUAAUAAAAAAAGUUUUUUUGUACUGUAUUUAAGUUGCUCUAAUUGACUUUUGCUUAGCAAUGCACAAAUAAGCAAUAUAUUUUGCUGGAUUUAUAGCAAUGAAUGGAAAAGGGGAUUGUAGACAUUGCAUGGUGAGGUAUCAAUGUGUAUUUGGUUUGCGGUAACACCACUUUUUGGGUAGAUUAUGUUCUUU